AAAUCAGCUUAAGCUUCGGAAUCUCCUGCCAAAGAUGUCAAACUCCUCCCACUUCUAUGCCGACGGGCAACCUCUGGAGGCUUCCGGCGACCCUCUGAUCAAUCUCUCGGCCGUCCGCGACAGGAUGGAUUCACUGCAGCGAUUCCUUGCCGGGACGGUCAACGCCAACACCCUCAUCGAACGGCACCAGAUGGCGAUGGUCUCCGCCGAGAUCUCCUCGGCCAUCCGCCAGGUCAUCGUCAACGGAGCCGCCCUCCUCUCCUCCACCCAUCCAAUAGAUUACCCCACUCCAGCACAUCCGAAGGGCCCAGAAAAUCCGGGCGGCGAUGUUUCGGAGACGGGUGAGGAUUGGGAGAUCGUGGAGCUCGACGCCGUGGAGUUGCUUGCCGAGCACGUUCACAUCUGCGACGUCUGCGGGAAGGGGUUCAAGCGGGACGCCAAUCUGAGAAUGCACAUGCGGGCGCACGGCGACCAGUUCAAGACGCCGGAGGCGCUGGUGAAGCCGGAGAGGUGUCCUCCUAGCGAGAGGAAGAAGAGGUUUUCGUGCCCCUUCGUUGGGUGUAACCGGAACAAGCAGCACAAGAAAUUCCGGGCACUGAAGUCGGUGAUCUGCGUGAAGAACCACUUCAAGAGAAGCCACUGCCCCAAGAUGUACACUUGCCAGCGCUGCAACAAGAAGACGUUCUCCGUGGUGGCGGAUUUGAAGUCCCAUCUCAAGCACUGUGGCGAGUCCAAGUGGAAGUGCUCGUGCGGGACGAGCUUCUCCCGCAAGGACAAGCUGUUCAGCCACGUCGCCCUCUUCGAGGGCCACAUGCCGGCGGUGGACAAGGAAGAAGAUAAAUCCCACACGCCGCCUCCGCCGGCGGCUGAGGAUGGGUUUUCCGACGAACUGUUUGAUGGGUUAGGAGCAAUGGAGGACUAUGACGUGCAGGACUUGAUGGAGAUGUGGGGGUCCCCUAAGCGCUUAGAUUUUACUUACUCGGACGACCUUUUUCUUUAGCAUCAGCCCCCACAGUUAUAGCUUCCUCCUGAUUAAUAGUUGGGAUUAUGAAAAAUUUUAAAUAUCUUUAAUAAUUCUUUGUUCUCGUGCAUUUUUAAAGAACAUUUAGUAAUAAUAAAUUACAAUCUCUCAUUCUUGAGAGACUCUGUUUA